AGAAGCUUGGGCGCCAGAGGCGCUGUGACGAUUGCGAGGGCCGAGCACGACGAUCUGUUUUGCACCAUCGUGUUGGUGGGUUCUGUUGCUCUCUGCGCAAUUGUGUCGUGCACCUAAGAAAGCCCGUUUUUUAAAGUCCUUAUUAUUGCAUUUUUCGGCCUCGGAAGAACCGCCGGUGAGGUCUUUCCUUCUGUCAUAGGUCGGAAUCCUCCAGCCUCGCCUCUGGAUCCCCCUCUUUCUCUCUCUCGCUGAUUGUGGAGGACUUCGGCGUUGCUGCGGCCUUGACGUCGUUUGUGGUUUGUGACUUGAUUUCUGUUCAAAGCUCGGGAGCAAUUGGGAAGGAGUCUCGUCUGUCAGUUCGAUUCUUGGUUUUUGGUUGAAUGCGGGCACAGAGUCUCUCGUGGGGACACAAGUGCAUAGAGUGUCUGCGAAGCUGUCGUGGUCUCGGCAGGGCAUGUUGGCAAUCACUGCGUCUGGGGUCAGUGCUCUUAGAGGGAUCGCGUUGGUGAAACUUUAUUGCUGCGAAGGGUGGUCGCUUGUGAUGAUGGAGUGACUGGGCACCGAAACCCUAGAUAUGGUUGGAGGAGGGCAGAUACAGAAAGUGGACGCAGGGCUGAAUUCCGAAGCGAGGGGUUGGAUUGCUUCCCAACAAAGCGGGGAUCCUUUCGGGGAAGCGCAUGGUCAAGGACCUUUCAAAAGGCCUUUCUCACAUGGUUUUGGGGACCCUACCAAGGUCGCCACAAGCUUGGACAUAAAUUACAGAGAGCAUCAUCCUCGUAUGGAACAGCGCGCGCAGCAGGAGGGAGGUGGAGAAGGUACCCAGGUAGAACAGCGGGGCGUGUACGGGCCUCAACUUGGCCAAGAGCAGGAAUGGAGCCAAGGGGACCGUGUUGGGGUAGAGUCCAAUUACCAAGAGAUGGCCGGUGUUGGAGGCGACUUGAGUGAAAGCGACGGAUCGCAGAGUGAAGGCACCGAAGAAGAGGAAGAUGAGGAAGACGAGGAUGUGGAGGACGAUGACGACGACGAUGAAGACGAAGACGACCCCAAUGAAGGGGAUAUUGCUGAUAAUGAAGUUCAUGGUGGAAAUGAAAAGGGCGGUCAAGUAGUUACUGAGCAGGUUGGAGGGGUGAGUAGUGUUAGCCUCGGACCGAGCUUGCCGCUUUUGCAUUCUUCAAUGGGAGCCCUAGAUCAAUCGGGACAGGUACGACAAGAGCCAGUGAGAGCAGAUGGAGCAUUUCACAGAAACACUUCGAAGCCUUCUGUCGGGACGACGGGGACGAGCAAUUCGCCUUUUGGGAUGUUCCAUUCUCCAUCCUCAACGGUGCCUUUCUUGAGUUCGUUCCCUUCACCCUCCAACUCAACUCCUCAAACAGGAGUAGGAGGCCACACUGAUGUGACGCCCUGUCAGAACGGAAGCGGAGGGGGAGUUACCGGAUCAGCCUCGGGCGCCUCAUACUGCCUGGCCAGAGAUGGCGGGCUUUCGCGAGAUGUUACACGGGAGGGACUUCGGGAAAGUGCGGUGGUGACACCUUUGCAAGAAACCCCUAGAAGACCGCAAGAGCCACUUCAUGAACAACUGCAAACAAGUGACAACGACAAUUAUUAUACCACGCUUUUAAAUACACAAGUGUCUCCAAACAAUGGCAUGAAGAGAACGGAUUCUGCGUCGGGUCCGAACGGGGAUCCACAGUCAACUGCCGAAUCGUCGUUGCGGCGUAUUCUUUCAGACCCCCUCACGGGUGCGCUCAUGGAUGAUGCUAUGAUUAUAUCUUGUGGCCAUUCCGUGGGAAAUGCUGGACGAAAACAAGUUAUGGAAACUAGUGUGUGCAUUAUAUGUGGAGCUUCGGUGCGAACAGAAGCUAUGGCUCCAAAUUACGCGCUACGCAUGGUCGUACAAGCAUUUAAGCGUGAGGAAGAAAUAAAUGGUACACUAAGCCUACGAUCUGCGAAAAGGAGGAGGGAGACAAUUCAGGAGAAUGUAAGCUUUCCAGAACAGCCUGUUGUAGAUGUUGGAAAGGUGAAAGGAGUACAAUUUCCAUUUGUUGUCGGUGACCAAGUGAUGAUCAAGGGUAACAAACGAACACCAGAACGGUUUGUUGGUCGGGAGGCUGUCAUCACAAUCCAGUGUUUGAAUGGAUGGUACCUGGUACGAACAUUGGACAGCGGAGAGAGCGUCCGUCUUCAGUAUAGAUCCCUUCAAAAAGUGGCAGGUCAGACGCUUCCCAAUGCUGCUGAAUACAGACCCAGCUAGCUGAAGGUGGUGGGCUGAGAGAAGUGUUAAUGAAUUAUUGGAAACAAUCAAAAUCUCUUUCCAGAAUGAAGUGUUGAGAUUCACUUCCGGCCUUGCCUUUGUGAUAGUGUAACUUGUGGUGAAGGACUUAAAAAGAAUGCACCAGAUUUUUCUGGCAUUCUUGAAGGAUUGCAGGCCCUGUUUGUCCAUAUCUUGAACGUCACGGAUGUUAAAUCGCACAGACCAGAUGCAUCUGUGUGCAUCUACGGAGGUGUUAAGUUUCAGAGAGACCCUGUUGCAGGAUCAUGGGAAGGAGAUGAUACUGCAAUUGCAGAGUUUGCAGGUUACAAACUUGGUGUUCUGUGCGUACAGUAAUUUACUCGGCAGAAGUGGGCAGAUCUUUCUCGAGAUCUGCAGCAAUGUUACUCCUUUGUCGGUUAUGAAAGUGGGACUUUCUUUUCGUACCAUCUGGAACAUCUCCACCAAUGCCUCCACGAAUGGAUUCCGGUGUCUCCGACAGCAGAGGUAGUUCUCCAAUUGCAACUCCUGAUAUUCGAGAAGGCAAUUUGAUAUUGUGUUUAAGGAUGUCAGAAAAUUCGGAAUUUAUCACCCUGUUGUGGAUCUGAUUGUCGAUAUUGGUAGAACGUGACAUUCAUUCUAGCAUUGUAGGCGUUUUUUUGUGCAGUAAGACAUAAGUUUUUUCAGAAAAUGUUUGCGCAUCUCUUUCCCGGUCUUGCUAUUCAGGAAAGGGAGAAGUCCCCAAGUGUAGCUGCGCUGCUUCAAGGUAUCGGUACUGUUCCAUAGCGACAGUCCGAGCUGGGGGAAUUCCGUGAGGUAGAUGCAAGGCAAUGCAUGGAUUGGUCUUUGUGUUUUGAAACAAGGCAGAAGGCUGACUUUUGCGUCGGAGGUAGCACUGCAGUGUAGGUGUUGAGACCGGCACUAGGCUGUUGUGCCAUCCUGAAACACUGAAGCCUGGAAAUGACUCUUCAAAGCAUGUGUGGCAAUGACAUAGUAUUUGUUGGUUUUUUUAAGGGCGCGUAUCCGGUUUUCUAUGCCGGCUUUUGUACCACUUGGUCAAGCAGUCUGGUUGCCAAUGACAGACUGAACGUAGGAUUGAGUUGAAGUACA